AUGAUUAAAUUUUCUAUCCUUUUAUUUACAAUUUUCCUCGCAGUUUUUUCAAUAUUAGAAGAAUUAGUCGAGGCUCAAUGCCCUCAACCUAUUACUCGAUUAAAAAAAAAAUAUCAAAAACCAACAAAAAAAUUUUUGGUUUUACUUAAAACAACAGUGUCAAACGAAAAAAAAUCAUUGAUACUUGAAAAGCAUUUAAAGUUCAUGAAAGAAUGUUGGGGCAGAGUCCCUUCAUUUGCUUUUGGCAAGGAAUUUUAUUAUAAGUCGAGCCAUUUGUUUGUUUUUUCAGGAGGCUCGCUUGAAGGUUAUUCAGGUUUAUUUGAUCCUUUAUUUGUCGAGGAACAACUCAGACCAUUACCAGAAAUUCAAUUAAUUGAAAAAGAUACACUUGUCUCAACUUUUGGAGUUAUAACAGAUUUCAUUGAAGGGGAUUAUAACAAUACUGAUGAUGGUGGUGAUUAUACAUUAAAAAGUAAAAGUAUCACACAUAUUAAUCCAACUUUCAAUUUAGAUCGUAUAGAUCAAGCACAUUUUUCUUUAGAUAGAAAAUUUUCAUUUCCUAGUUCAGCAGGUUCAGAUGUAAAUAUUUAUGUACUUGAUACUGGUAUAAAUAUAGACCAUAAAGAAUUUGGAGGUCGUGCUAGCAUUGGAGGUACAUUCUGUAUAGGAUGUGAAAGCUUUGAUGACAAUGGUCAUGGUACGCAUAUCGCAGGAAUUAUUGGCGGCGAAACAUUUGGUGUAGCAAGAAAAAGUAGACUUAUUUCAGUUAAAGUACUCAAUUCCUUUGGAAAUGGUCGUGUUUCAGAAGUAAUAGCUGGCAUAGCAUUUGUGUUAAAUAAACACAAGACCAGUAGAAAUAAAAAUACAGUUGUUAAUAUGUCAUUUGGUGGCGAUACCUCAGAAGCAUUAAAUUACGCAGUAAGAUUACUUACUAAUGCGGGUAUACAUGUCGUAGCAGCAGCUGGAAAUGAUGGUGAUGACGCUUGUGAUGUAUCACCUGCAUCUGCACAAUCAGCAAUUACAGUAGGUGCAAUUGAACAUCGAAAAAACAUAAAAGCUGAUUUUUCAAACUUUGGUAGAUGCGUGGACAUUUUUGCACCCGGUGUAGAUAUAAUUUCAGCUUCAAAUUGGUAUUAG